AUGCAUCCACUCUUAAGAAAAUUGUUGAACUUUGAAUUACCUAUACCUGCAUUUGUCGUAGGUUGCUUUCCAGCUAUAUUUACAAUAGGGGCAUCACCUAAGGGAAAGUUACCACAAAAGCUAAUGAGGACAUUACGAUGUCUUGCUUGUCCCUUUUUGGGAUUGUUUUACACCUGCAACAUAAAGAACGACGAAACAGCGCUAUACUGGCUCCCAAAAAGUUGUUUUAUUGGAGUGGAUGGAAGCAAUAUCCCUUACAAACCUUUCGGACAUCACGCUAUGGAAAUGAAAUAUUCCGAUGCAAAUAGAGCUGUGCUGGAAAAAUUGGAAGAUUGCAUGACAAAUGCAUCCGUGAUGGAAAGAUUCUCUUCGUUGGCAUCAGCAUACUACAUUAUACUCGGUUUGAUUGUAGGAAUAUCAAGGGUGUUAGUGCCGAGUAUUUGUGAGGAUUGGCCAUAUAUACCAUUAGCAUUAGCCUGGACAUUGCCUGCCAUCUACAGGAGAACAGUUAAUGCAAGACUGUUGGUAGACGAUCCUAAAGUAGCGAUAGGAGACGGAAAAAUAACUAUGCAGAAAUUCGUUUACGACGAAGAUAGAGAACAUAUGCAUAGCUGCGUUGUACUUACUGUUUUAGCGUCAAUAGCAGUUCCUUGGUUAUCAGUAAUCUUGGCCUACUUCACACCCCCAAAAGGAUUUUUUUGUCGGAGUAAAUAUCUCACAGUCUUUUGUACCAUCUGGACAUUCAACUGUAUUGUUGCAUAUAUACACCACUGGGUAGGAGAAAAUAAUAAACUUGUUAAUCGUAUAAUUCGCAUUUGGUUUUCCGCUUGUGGUGUUGGGAUAGCAAUGCUCUUGAUUGUUCUAGGUUUGCUAAGCAUAGAAAGAGAAUGGUGGAUUAGACUGUUCGGAGAAACUUGUGGUAAUACAUGCCAUGAAAAAAAAUUUACAUUUUAA